GAGGGAGGGGGUGAGGAGGAGGAGGAGGAGGAGCGGGCUGUGUGCGUGCUGACGCCGCCUGGUUCUAUAUGAGCGCGAGCGGCGGGCUCUCUGCUCCCUCUUCUCAUUUUGCCGCCAUCCCUGAAGGGGCGCUUCCCUCCUGUCUCCCGGCACUGCGCGGCGGCGGCGGAUCCCUGUCUGCUCGGUGUCCCCGGUAAGAGCGAGCGCUGGCUGGCUGGCUGGCGGGAGGGAGCGGGGCCGUGUGUGGUGACCGGCUGGCGGGGGCUGUCAUGCUGGCUGCCGGGGGCUGACAGGCGGCCCUGCCCUCCGUAUCCGCGGGGCCCCUCCAUGGCCGGUGACGGCGGGCAUCCAGUGACAGGCCGCACGCAGCCCAUCGGGGGGGGGGGGCUGCCAUCAUCCUGCCGGCGGGGGGGUCCCGGUGUGUGUGUGGGGGAGGGGGUCCGUUUUGCCGGUGUGGUGGGGGUGGGGGGGUGCGGUGCUCUCCUCCAGGCUGUCUCUGGUUAACCCUUUCAGUGCCAGGGCUGUGCCCGGCGCCUCCCGGCCUUCUCUGGCACUCUCAGGGUUAACUGUAUUAAUACCCAAUGUGGGAGUCCCCCCCCCCCCACCGGGGGCUAACGGUUUAACCCUUUAAUCGCCGGCUGGCUCAGCUCAUGGCGAGGUGGUGAUGGUGUUAACCCCCGCCGUGCCGGUGCAGUGCUGGUUAAAGGUCUGCCUGCGGUGAGCUGCGUGUGUGGGGCCCCCAUCCUGUCCCCGGCUCAGGGAGCAGCACCACGUGCUGACACACAGGGUGGAUUGGGGGAUCAUUAACCACAUCCAGCACAUGCUGCUACUGAAUCACCGCUAGGCUGGCUGGCUGGCCGGUAACAGGAGUCUGCCUCCACACACCAACCUGGGGGACGUGACUGUGUGUCCAGGCCCUGCAGGAAGGCAAUGGAGACAUAGUAUUGGGGGCUGACUCUAGGGUUAAUAAUCACCAAAUUAAACUAUAAUAAUAAUAGGAAAGUGACCCUGGGUUCAGGCUGUCACCCAUCAAUGCUGGGAUCCAACCCAUGGAGCACAUGGCCACCAUGAGUGCGGUCACUAAUACUGCUCCUUGUCUGGAUCAAUACUCAACGUUUUAUUUAUUAUUGUAUUGGGAUUUAAGUUAAGGACUGAUUUCUUUGAAUUUGCCGCAUUUAACUCUUGUGGUGAGAAAAUAAAACUUGUAUCUCUUAACCCCUUAAGGACCAAACUUCUGGAAUAAAAGGGAAUCAUGUCAUGUGUCCUUAAGGGGUUAAAGAGCAGAGAAGCUUGGAUUGGUAAUUGUUUCUUCACGAAGUGAAAAUAUAUAUAGAUAUUGUAUGCCCCACUCCAUACUUAAACUUCAAUAUUGUAUCCCUGAAACAGCCAACUCUGGAUCUGACAACAUCAAUCAUGUUAAUCUCAAACUAGCACUGUUGUUUUAUCUCUUCAGUUUCAGUAAAUUAUCAAAGCUUUUAUAUUAUGUUUUAUCUACCCAUCUCAUGAAGCAGUACAUCUUAUAAAUCUGUACACUGAAAUAUAUAUUUUUUAAACUGUAAAUAAUUUUAAUGUUAAAACCUAGUGGCUUGUUUUUAAAGUUGGACUCUAGCUCCAUAGAAGAUGCUUCCAGAUCAGAACUGCUCAACACACAUCUGAAGGCCUGGUGGCUAAAAGCUGUCUAUCCAUUACUUGAACAUAUGGAUACUAGUGGAUAUGAACCACCCUGGAACAGUCCAUUGGGUUGAAGUCAAGCACUGCUUGAGUAGACUGGCACUUAUCACUCUGUGCUCACCCAAGCCUUCUUUUGACUAAUCUUAAGUAAUUGUCGUAAUGGAAAACUUCCACAUUUUUUUCACCCCUCAAACUUAAGUUCACCACUGUAGUGGUUAUGGUGCCAGUAGUGCCCUGACCUGUCCCAUGGUAAGGCCCUGCUUACAUUUUUCUCCUUCAGGAGAACUUUUAACUCUAAAGAAUGAAGCAGAGAAAUUCAGGGUGUAUGCACUCAGAGGGUCUGCUGAUCUUUCUCAGCAAUUGUGCAUAGACCUGUUUGGUUCUGUAGUUACUAAGAUUCCACUUUAAAGGGUAACUUUAAGCACCAUGACUACUAAAGUGAUUCGUAGUGGUCAUGGUGCCUAAAGUUUCUGUUUAGCGCUUCCUUUUGAGACUCUCUACUGCCACAUGUGUAACUCCACCUCCGGCAGAGUGGUUGAACGUUAUCUGCCUGGAACAAAAGUUCUAGGCCGACUAAUAUAAUUUUUGUGCAUAUUGUUAUGCACAUAAUUGCAUUAAUUGACAGUGACCAGCUUACUCGCUCUGUGAUUAAGUGAGGUUUUCCCUGUUUUAGGAUGCAUCCCUGAGCAGGGCAAACCAGACAGGAGGCGGAGUAAAGGAUGGCCUGUAGGUUGGUGUUGCCUGGAGAGUAACACCCAUGAAGCUUGAUAAUGGUGUAGCUGGAACGGGAGUCUUGUGUUACAUUAUGUGUAUAUUCAAUGUAAAAUACAGAAAUUAUCUUAGAUUAUAGUGUUGUACUCUAUAUGGGAGCGAUUUCAAGUUAGUCGAUUUUUCUUUCUCACAACAGGUUUACUUUAAAUGUGUUCACUGUGUAUUGAUGGAUUUACAGAAGAGCAGUGUGAUUUAAAAGAUCUUUUUAUGAACUUUGUAGACUUUUAAGUUAUCAAAACUUGCUAUUAUUCGUGGCAUGUCUCUCAGCAAUGGCCACUCUCUGUGGCCAGCAAUGGCCACUCUCUGUGGCCAGCAAUGGCCACUCUCUGUGGCCAGCAAUGGCCACUCUCUGUGGCCAGCAAUGGCCACUCUCUGUGGCCAGCAAUGGCCACUCUCUGUGGCCAGCAAUGGCCACUCUGUGGCCAGCAAUGGCCACUCUCUGUGGCCAGCAAUGGCCACUCUCUGUGGCCAGCAAUGGCCACUCUCUGUGGCCAGCAAUGGCCACUCUCUGUGGCCAGCAAUGGCCACUCUCUGUGGCCAGCAAUGGCCACUCUCUGUGGCCAGCAAUGGCCACUCUCAUGUAGUGGUUUUUUUUUUUUUUUUAGCAAUUAACUCUUCUGUCUACAAGAAAAUUGGUAUGUGUAAGCUUUUCAUCCUAGUACAACUCUUUCCAAAGAGAUGCCUGGGCAGUUUGGCUUUAAUGAGAAACAUCUAUGUCUAGGAUACUCUUCAAACAGGGGAAAUGGAGUGGUGUGGCUGGUGAAAAACACGGUUUACUAUGGCUUUUUAGGAAAAAGGUCCAUGUGACUAGAUUUUCUUUAUGCAAAGAAAAGUACUCUACACCACCGUUCCAGAAAUGUCAAAGGUUGCUUGGAGUUGAAGUUGCUUGGAUCCAGCAGCAACUUUAGCCAUAUUUUAAGCAGAUUUUGUAUUAAAGUAAAACUUAAGAAAUACAAAAUGAAUAGUAUAAAGGGGACAUACUUAAAGGACCACUAUAGUGCCCUGAGGGUGCCCCCACCCUCAGGGUCCCCCUCCCGCCCGGCUCUGGAAGGGGGAAAGGGGUUAAACUUACCUUUUUCCAGCGCUGGGCAGAGAGCUCUCCUCCUCCGUUCCGCCCCGCCGGCUGAAUGCACACACUCGGCAAGUUUCUCUGAAACUGCUAUGUUUAUUAAAAAAUGGGUUAACCCUAGCUGGACCAGGCACCCAGACCACUUCAUUAAGCUGAAGUGGUCUGGGUUCCUAGAGUGGUCCUUUAACUUUUUUUUAAUUUAAAAAGUUAUAGAAUCUAUAUAGGGGUGCCCAACUGUUUCAAUUUAUGCUUCAAAAUAUAAUUUUGCAAACUAGCACAUGAUGUCCUAACUUCUAUUUUGUGUUAGUGAAAAAUGUGUUCCUUUCAAUUUCCUUCAAGGAAAAUAUGCAUUUAUUUGCAAUGUUUUCUAUUUAUGAAGCAAAAAUUCACAUGUAGUCUGAAACGUUAUAGAUGCUGUGUGCAUAUUCUGCUUCGCAAGCUGCUCAAAUUUCUCAUGCCAAUUCCUCACUUUAGACUUUCAUGGCCUGAAACUAGCAUUGCUAGUGCUUGGCUUACACCAUUUUCCUCAGAAGAUGGGUCUCUCAUAUAUAAACUUUUACACUGAAAUUUGUGAUCUUACAUUUAGCUUCCUUUAAUUUUUACUAAAGUGCCACUCUGUUGGGGAAACUGAAGAUUGUGUAUUAUUGCUAUCUGGACACUGUUUAACGCUCACCCCUCCAAAAAAAACCAAAACAAGCUAUUGGCAUACAGUAUUCCUUCCUCUUCUGCAGUUCGACAUAAAGUUGUGAAGAUGUGCUGUGCCAUGGCAUGGUAUAUUGCAGAACGCAAACGCUUUUAUAAGAUUGGACAAGGCUUUGAAUAGACUUAUGGUUGAACAAAUAUCAGUCAAAACGAUAACACUCCUCUUGUGUGCUGAAUGGAGUAGGGGUGAAACACCUUUCCUCAAACUGAAGUAGCAAUGAUGCAUGCACUGUUAACUUUUAAGUCUCCUUUUCAGACCAGGGGACUAUAUAUAUUAAAUUUACUUUGAGCAGCCGUUAACUAGGUCAAACCUCAUGUUGGUGGUAGAAGCUUUCAGUAACAUAACUACUACAUUUUGUGAUACUGAUAUUUAAACUGCAUCCUCCACUCCCAUUCUUUGCAUGUCAAAUUCCUCUUCAGCUGGGGGCUUGUGAGCCUUUAUUGUUUAAACCAGGUUUUCUUUGCUUUUGUCAAACUAUAACUCUGGCUUGGUUUACAUGGUGAAUCUAUUGCUUCAGCAUUUUGGUGGUAUAUAUUUAUAGUGUAAUUACUACCAAAUGUGUUUAGUACCAAAAUAUUUCUUCCACCUGUUUUCACUUAAUUCCAUAAGGUAAUUGUGCAGAGAGAUUUAAUAAGAUGUGGCUAUCUGUUUAUAAAGUGAUGGAUUGUGCAAAGAAUGAUGUAAAGAGGAUAGAACCUUCUGUAACUUUUUUUUUUCUCUCUCCUCUGUUAAGGUGUUUAGAAAAAUCCUAAAAUGGCAAACAUAGACAAGUAAGUAUUGGGAAAUGCAGAUUGAUUUCAAUAUCUUUCAAAGCCUGUUGUGUAGCUUCACUUGGUGGUAAUUGCUUCACUAUACUGUAGCAUAAACUCAUUUAUCAAUACUGCCACCAUAAUUUCAAAGCCUUGAAUGGGUAAUGUAAAGUAUUUCCAACUCCUAGUAACUUUCCUAAAUACUUCAGUUUUGCCAAUGGUAGUGCAUGUCCUAACUAACCACUUAUACACAGUGGAUAAAAGUAUUGGGACAUAUGACCAUUACACCAACAGGGACUUUUGUCAUCACAUUCUAAAUAAAUUAUGAUUUGUAGCUGAUAUCCAUUUGCAACUACAACAGCUUCCCCUCUUCUGGGAAGGCUUUUCAUUAUAAUUUGGAGUUUCUAUGGGAAAAUAUUUGUCCCUUCAUCCAGUAGAGCAUUUAUGAAGUCUGGCACUGAUGUUAAACAAAAUGGCCUGGCUUGCAAGCUCAGUUUCAGUUCAUCCCAAAGGUGGUUGAGGUCAGGGCUCUGUGCAGGGUUCUUCCCCCACCAAACUCUUCCAACCAUGUCUUUAUGGCCUUUGCUUUUUCAGUUGUCAUAGUUAUGCUAAAAUAUAAAAAGGCAGUCCCCAGAAUGUUCCCACAAUGUUUGAAGCCUAGCAUUAUCCAAAAUGUCUUGGUAUGCAGCAGUUUUAAGAUUUCCCAUCACUGGAAGUAAGGGGCAUAGCAGAACCCAUGAAAACAGUCCCAUACACUAUCCAUACUCCACCAAACUUUAUAGUUGGCACAGAGCAGUUGGGUAGGUAAUGUUUUCUUGACAUCCGCUAAACCCAGACUCUCUCCUCGUGCUGCCCAAUGGUGAUGCAUGAUUUGUCACUCUGUCUCUAUAGAUGUAUAGAAUUUGAAAUGGGCACUCCUUGAAUCUUUAUUUUCAACUUCCCCCAUUUUACUGUGCUACACCUCAGAAUAUUACUAGGGAGCCUAAAAUUUCCUUUAAAACUUCUCCCCUACAGUAAAGAGCAGGCUGAACUGGACCUACAAGACAUGGAAGAUGUUGAAGAAGUAGAAGAAGAAGAAUCUGGGGAGGAUGCAAACAGUAAAGGUAUUGGUCCUAAACUGUAGACUCCUAGCAUGAACAUUCAUGACAUGCUUGGCACAAUCUCCAACUUACUAUGGGAGGGAGUGUGCCCCGGAACUAUGCUUGGUAGUAAAACAUUCUUGUGGAAUGUUUCUACUUGCUGCUCUCUUAAGAACCUUUAUCACAAACUUGUUUCAUAGAGUUAAUUAAGACCAGUUGGUGUUAUUGAAACAUAUUCUACUAGGUGAGUUCUAACUUAGUAGAAAUUGUCUGGCACAGAACGGUUUUGUCAUUAAAGGAACUCUGUUAAAUAUAUUUUUACUAUUUUGUGUUCCUUUAUUGUAUUACUAUAAAACAUGUAAUCCAGCACCAGGACAGUUUCCCCCCCAGCUGUUAAGCCUCUUGUGAGUUCUGACUAUCUCUGUCCAAUCCAAAGCUUCUCAUUAUUUAUUCAGCAUACAGGCCUAGGUCUAGGAAUCUGCAAAGUUAGAAUCAUUCUUUUGCCAAAGGAUAAGGUUUGGUAACUCUAAACAGGUUUGUAUCUACAGCUGUUUUAACACCAACAUGUACAUGCCAUAAAUCCAUGAGAAGUAUUUUACCCUGACCAGCAGUUAUAGCUGCAGGUAGGCACUAGGUUAUAUCUGGAUUAAUUCUUCAAUCCAGUGCUCUAGCAUGUGUUCAAUUUUUGUUGAUGGACUUUUGCCUCUGCAUCCAUUGCCAUUGUUGUGCUGGGUGAAGUGACAACGGUUUGUUCUCUGGUGUUUCAUCAGAAUUGGCAUAUAAAGUGACACUCAAAAUCUUAAAGCAUGCAUUUUUUUUUUUUGUUAUUGUAUGAAAUCACUAUGAUAGGCUGUACAGCAGUCUUGUGGCUAGCCUAACUCUUGCAAUUAACUGGUUGUAUGGUAAUUUGAAUCUAAUGUUUAUAUAAUUUUUUUUUUUUCAGCUAGGCAAUUGACUGCACAAAUGAUGCAGAAUCCACAAAUUUUAGCUGCUCUUCAAGAAAGGUUAGAUGACCUCGUUGGUACACCAACUGGCUACAUUGAAAGGUAAUGUUCAACAAAUUAUGUACUUGGCAAAAUUUUUAAUGGAUGCGCAGUGCAAAAUACCUAUUCACUAGAUCUCUUGCUACAUAAUCAGGCAGUUUUUCCUAGGGUAUUUGUUGCAACUCAGCUGCUGGUUUAACUUCAGAUGCGAAAAUCAAUCACAUUGUUUUGGUAUUUUAACACCCCAGCUUUUUUUGAAUAUUAAAGGGACACUAUAGUCACCAGAACUACUGUUUAUUGUAUUUGUUCUAGUGAGUAGAAUCAUUACCUUCAGGCCUUUUGCUGUAAACACUGUCUUUUCAUGUAAUGUUUACAUUACAGCCUAGUGAUAACUUUACUGGCCACUCCUUAGAUGGUUGUUAGAGAUCCUUCCUGGGUCGUGACUGCCCAAAAUGCAUCCAAACCUUCAGUAUCUCCUCCCUCUGCAUGCAGACACUGAACUUUCCUCACAGAUUAAUUGAUUCAAUUCAUCUCUGAGGAGAUGCUGAUUUGGCCAUGGCUGUGUUUGAAUUAUGCUGGCUCUGCCCCUGAUCUACAUCUGUCAGUCUCCGCCAAUACUAUGGGGAAGCAUUGUGUUUGGGUAAGGCUACCACUUCUGCUGAUGUCAGUGGGCAGGCCUAAAAGAAACAGGGACAAAACAUGCAGCUGCAGACUUGAAUACAUGUAAGAUUUUACUAUUUUAGAGGGAGGCAUGAGGGAGCUGGUGUGUUCCUGACCCUAUAGUGCUCCUUUAAUGUCAAGACUGUUACAGAAUGGAACUGCAACAACAGUUUUAGUAACUUUACCCCAUGUACUCAAACCUGCAAUUUCCUUUUGAGUGCCUGUAGCUUGGCACCUAACCAAAAUGGCUAUAUAGAACAUUCUUUAUCUUAGUAGUUUUAUUUAUUUUUUUCUGUCCUGUCAGAUGAGUGCCUACUAUACUAGUUAAUAACUUAACUGUUUUUUAAUUUUUUUUUUUACUCUGCAGCUUGCCUAAAGUCGUUAAGAAACGUGUGAAUGCUCUUAAAAAUCUGCAAGUUAAGUGUGCCCAAAUUGAAGCUAAAUUCUAUGAAGAAGUGCAUGAACUGGAGAGGAAGUAUGCUGCUUUAUAUCAGCCACUUUUUGACAAAGUGAGUAUUGGGAUCCUUUGAUUUAGGCUUGUAUGUUUUUUCUGUUUAUUUUUGGUUUGACUACUUUUGCUUUGUUCCCUUUCCUAGAGAAGUGAUAUCAUAAAUGCCACAUAUGAACCCACAGAGGAAGAAUGUGAGUGGAAAGUAGACGAAGAGGAGGAGAUUUCGGUGAGUAGAAUAGUAAGCUAUUAAACCUAUGCUUUUAUGAUCUUCCUCCUUAAUUGUCUGAAUAACAUUCUUGUGAUGGUGUUGGCCAGUUAGAACUAAAUUUUGUAUUGUAUGCAAGCAAUCUUAAUAAAAAAAAAAUGUAAAUUGUGUAACAGUCUUGUUAAUAAAGGAACACUAUAUAGGUUUUUGGAAUAAAAACCUAUUUUGGCAGCAAAACCGCCUUUUCUCCAUAGGUGUAGCAUUCGGAGGGUAAUGCCCAUGCUUGGCAAAUGGGCAUGCUGCCCAGAACCAGUCCAUUAAGCUGUAAGGUUUCUUGUGACUAUAGUGUUCCUUUUUAAGUGCAUCUGUUGAAUGCUUUUGGAAUGUUUAGUAUGAUUUGAACAGUGUUCUGGUUUUCAUCAAGGAGGAUAUGAAAGAGAAGGCAAAACUUGAAGAGGAAAAGAAAGAUGAAGAAAAAGAGGACCCAAAAGGAAUCCCAGAGUUCUGGCUGACAGUCUUCAAAAACGUUGAUCUCUUAAGUGAUAUGGUUCAGGUAUGUUUCUCUUAGUAGCAGAACCAUCUUUCCACAAGUUUCCUUGCUUUCUGUAGUGUUUCUUAUCCUGGGAAUGGAAGGAUCUCAGAUCAAAUCUAGAUCACUGACUAGUUUAUAUGGUACCUGGAAACUUCAUGUGAACACAUGCCUUCACUCUUGGGCAGCUGCAUUGGUUGUAAUCUGUCCAGUGACUAAAAAUGUAAAGUAAAGGUGUCACAUCAGUGUUAUCUUUUGUGUGGGAAGUUGGGAUGUGCAUUUUUUUCACCAUGUAGCUUUUAACCAAAAUCUCACAAUGGCUAGGAAUCUGAGAUGUUCAUAGGAAAAAGCUGCAUGAUCUGGUCAGUGUUAAUUUUCAAAUGCCAGCCAUAUUGUAGUAAAACUGUUAGACCUGAACAAACUCUAUUUUGGACCCAGGGAAAUAACACUAAUGUUUUUGGUCAUAGGAACAUGACGAGCCAAUUCUGAAACAUUUGAAAGACAUAAAAGUAAAGUUUUCAGAAGCUGGUCAGCCAAUGGUAAGUUUGAAACACCCUUUCCUUUUAAAUGAUGACCAUAAAGUAUUUGGUUUUGUUGUGCCUAACAUUAACUUGCUUUUGGCAUCCUUGUUAAUUAAAUGGUUCUUAAUGUCUGAGUUGGGAUGCCAAAUUUGGGAGCCAGGCUAACUUAGUAGGUCACUGACUGGAACAGGCAUAACCUUAACCUGGUCACACGCAACAGUCCCCAGUUAAAAGUCUACUGUAAAGAUUUUACCUUCCCCUGGCAAUGGACAAACCAGUCGUGUGAAGGUUCUCUGUAGAAUAAAUUGUUCUAUAUUACAUCUAAUGUGUGCUGAAAAUAUUCCUACUUGGUGUCAAUCUAAUUCACCUGAACCCCUCUCAAAAUUGUGGUUUGACCUAUCAAGGAACGUCUGAGAAUCCUUUAAACUUUUAUCACUGGAUGUAAUUCCAGAAUGUCACUUUAAUAGGGUUGUGUGAUAGCUGUAAUUUCAGUUUAGUCUCUUCCCUGUUUUCACUCACUCACUGCCCAAACUUGUAGGAAAAGUACAUUAUUAUAAAAUAUUCUGCUUGGUUAUUGUAUUAACAGACUUCCCCCUUUUUAUUUUUCUGCUUUAGAGUUUCACACUAGAAUUUUACUUUGAGUCCAAUGACUUCUUUACAAAUGAAGUGCUGACCAAAACUUAUAAAAUGAGGUCAGAGCCUGAUGAGUCGGAUCCCUUCUCAUUUGAUGGGCCAGAAAUUAUGGGAUGUACAGGGUAAGUUUUUGGUGUAUACACUUUUGCAUUGUUUCCAGUGUACUUGCUGUACUCUAAAAGGUGACUUUAUCAACGUGAUACCACACUUAAAAUAGAAACCCCCCAACUGUCUUUCUUGCAAAUACAAAGUUACUGAGCCAGAUCAAAGUUAAGCAGACUUGAAAUGUGGCUUACAUUGUUUUGUAUUUGCCCUUGGUCUGAAAACCUCCCAUCUGUACAAAUAUUCAAGGCCUGUAAAUAUCUUAAAGUAAUCAGUAUCCUAUUCAAUUUCUUAUAAUCUUAGCAGUGUAUUGUUUGCUGGGCUAUUCUGCUCCAUACGUAACAUCUCAGUGCUUUAAUGUCAAACUGCAGUCUUUUUUGACCAUAUCUGACAGACAUCUAACAGAUUGGCAGUUUAAUGCACCUUGGUAAUAUCUGCUUUAUCCUGAAAUAUUAACUAUUUUAUCUAAAACCUGUUUCUUGGUGUUUUAGUACUUUUUUUUUUUUAAUCUAAAAAGAAAAUUUUAAAUAAAAGCUUUAUGCAGCUCCUGUAAGUCAUCCUGUCCUGUGUAGGCUUUCCUGCCAGGGUAGUGCUUUGUCCAGUCAGGCUUCUCUUUGAGUGUCUUUAAUGUGUGCACUUGGUCAGUGUUAAAGACACAUAGCCACCAGAGCAGCUUAAUAUAGCGGAUCUGGUGUCUACAUUAUGCUUGCUUGACAGGCUAUUAACAGCUUUUUCCAAAAAAACUGUUUACCUUUCUGCCUAAGAAUGACUCUACUGGCUGUCAAGGAUUGGCUGUGACCAUAGAGAUGUUUUCAUGGAGGCAGAGCCAGAUGGGGUAGCAGUGAUACCAGUGCAGUGCGAGAGAAAAAAGGAGUCAAAUCACAUUUUCAAAGCAAUUUUUAAGAGAGGGAAUGCUGAUUAACUAAUAGUUUAAAACUAUAGUGUCAGGAAUGUUUGUAUUCUUGACACUAUAUAGUGCUUGAGUUAAUACAUAUGAAAUCCAAAGAACAAAUUUUGCAUAAGUGUAAAUCACCACCAAAUAGGUGCAGGUCCUGUUUUGUACAGUAGAAGCUGACGUGGCCAUGCCUAAACUUUUAAACGCAAUCUUACAGGUGCCAAAUUGACUGGAAGAAGGGAAAGAAUGUCACUUUAAAAACCAUAAAGAAGAAACAAAAGCAUAAGGGUCGUGGUACAGUAAGGACUGUUACAAAAACUGUUCCAAAUGACUCAUUCUUCAACUUCUUCAGCCCACCUGAAGGUAAAUUGACCUUUUUAGUCAGAAAAUUACCUUUUAUUGUUACGCUGUUAUUAUAUUGCAUUUACACUUGUUUUUUAUGACUUAUAUUAACUUUGUACCUUAUGCUGGCUAGCAAGCCUAAUUUUGUUGACUUUCAUGACUCAAACAAGAUUUUACAAAAAUAAAAUCACCUUUUCUACUGUGCUAUCCUAUGUCCAAGCACUUUUCAACUAACCUGCAGUAUUGACAAAUCUUUAUUCAGAACUUAAUGGGGUGUCAAUUUAGCCCAGGAAAUUUUAAACUGGUUCAGAGAGACUCUAGUAUUGGACACAUUUCUUUUGUAAAGGUCAAGUGACUGCUUUCUUAUAUUUGCCAACCAGAAUCCACCCUGUGUAUCUUUAUUUUUAAAUUCUAUGGAAGCCAUGGUGCAUGUCUGUGUACUGAUUCUUCUAUUGAAUUUGAAAUUUGGUAAAUAAGUCCAAAACCUGGUAAUCUAAACGCCUAAUUUGAUAACGUAGCAAGUGCAAAUACAUAGUUGACUGACAUUCUUGUAUGUAUAGUUCUCUCAAGUCUUACUGGAUCAUUCCAGUUUUCUUUCCUCCACCUUUGGUGAAUCGUGAAAGUGCUGUGCUCCUUUAUCCAGCUAAGUUUAAGUAUUUAGUAGAUAUAGCCAAGUAAUGUCUGCUUUGGGAAUAUAUGGGAGCUUGCAAAAGUGGCAGACCUGCUUUUGCAAGUCUGCACUUUCUCCAUUCCUUGAAAUGCUUUCAGUCUCUACCAGGGAAUUCACUAAUCUGACUUCUCAUGUUUAGUGUAAAUGUGAAAGUCUGGCUAGACAUGUGGUUUUGUGAAGCCAGACAGCUUGCUUAGGCUAGUUUGUGUUCCUCCCUAAUGGCACCUUGGCUUUGUUUACUUCUGCUUAGAUAAUGUAAGGCCUGCCAGUUACAGGCCAAUAAUAAAAAAAUCUGUUCAAUCUUUUGAAGGAACUGACUUUUUUUUUUUUUUUUCCCUCAAUCUGUAGUACCUGAAAAUGGAGAGCUGGUAAGUUGUAUGGGUGUCUUUAUUUGUGGUUUUCAAUAGAUUAGAACUUUUAUUUGCUCCUCAAUAUAUUGCCAUUAGGACACUACUAGAUUAAAAAGCUAUAGACUCUAGAAAAUGGCAUGACCUGUAUUACAAGGCCAAGAUUAUGCCAUCAAAGCUCAGAUUUUUAACUCUGCAAACACUUAUUUAGAAUUGUAUUGUUUUGCCUGUUGUAGUGUUGGGAUGUAUAAAUGUAGUUAUGAAACUGUUCUGGACUAUUUCGUAUUCUGCCACCACUGUUGGGGUAUGAGAUCUAUUUUGAGUACCUAAUAUAGUUUAGUUUUGUAAACCUGUGCAUUAAGAUUAGAGGGCACUGUCAGUAAUUUCUCCCUUUUAACAUUGUGGGUUUUGUUGCACUUAGACACGAGUUAAGGUGUUUGCACAAUAUUGCAUAGAGCAUUUUUUGCUGUUAAGCACUUUUUAAUUACAUACUGCACAUAAGUCACGCUUUAAAGUCACAGCGCACUUUAAUUUUAAACCUGUGCAUUGCCAGAAUAUUCUGAAUGUAUUUUAUUGCAAUUAUCUGUCACAUAUGUUAACUUCACAUUCUGUUGGUGUCAAACUGUUAUAAAAGUAUAUUAAACACCUGUGUUCUAAUGUUAUGCAGGAUGAUGAUUCCGAAGCCAUUCUCACUGCAGACUUUGAAAUUGGACAUUUCUUACGUGAGCGAAUAAUUCCCCGAUCUGUACUGUAUUUUACUGGUGAAGCUAUUGAAGAUGACGAUGAUGAUGUAAGUGGGUUCUUUGCAAAACUCUGCCUGCUACUUCAGGCUAGCCUCUCAUGGGAUUGGUCAACUGAUACAACCUGUUAAUUUGUGUGGUUGCAGUAGACUUUAUAAUGCACUAAUAUUGUGGUGAGGUACAACUGGGCUGCUCUGACUUAAGGUACUCCCUGCAUCUAGAUUACUUUUUAAGUGUUUGGUAGCUGAAGCACAAUGUACUCUAAAGUCUACAGGCAACGAUUCCAAAAGACAAUUACUGACUUUUUUUUUUUCUUUUUCACCCUACAGUAUGAUGAAGAAGGGGAAGAAGCUGACGAUGAGGUAACCCCUUACCUGAUUUUCCUUCCAAAACAAACUUAAAACACUGAUCUUUGAAAAGGGAUACAAGCCCCUACAAUCUGUCUUUCAAAAGUACCUCUGACACUUGACUUAUCAGGACAUGCCUCUAAAGGUGUCAAUUGCUGUGAUUCACUUAAAGGACUCUCCUAGUUUUAACCCUGCAGCUGAAAACAUAGCGGUUUCAUAGAAACUGAUGUUUACACUGCAGGGUUAAUCCAACCUCUAGUGGCUGUCUCCUUGAUUUUUAGUGAGUAGCAUUGAAAUGACGCUGUAUGUCUAAACUGAGUCCAGUGUCAAAUAAGAUCCCCCAUAGGAAAGCCAUAUCACUUUACUAUGGGCUGGUUUGAAUGUGCAUGCGCAUUUGGGUCCUCUCGGAGUGGACUUCGACAGGGGGAGGAGAGGUCACAGUGUAUUAAGGUAGAUGGCUGAAGUUUUAACCCUUUAAGCCUGGGGUGGGAGGAACCGUUUAACCCUAUAGUGCCAGGAAAACUAGUUUGUUUUCCUGGCACUAUGAUCCCUUUAACACUUCUGUAGUUAAUAUCAAAUUGCAAACUUACUAUGUGAGUGAAGUCAGGUGCCACACUAUAGUUGAAAGACUCUAGGUAUUUUUGUCCAUACCAUUGAGUAAUAAGUCAAUGGACUUCAAUUUCUUUAGUUGCUCUCUUGCAUGUGUGGACGCUCUCGCAUGUCCUAUAGUUAUCCUGUUUUUGACUCUUGAGUAUACCCCAUGGAAGUCAUGUUAUGUGUUCAUAUUGUAGUAAGGGCAGCAAAUGUGCACUUGUGUUAAAGUCAGAAGCAAGUGUUAUUAAAAAAUUUGUCGCCACUGCACAAUUUAUUGCCCUUGUUUGUCUGGACACUAGGCUAAAUAAUGUUAACCAAAAUGUAGGUUUCUACCACUACAUUAAUAAAGCUAGCUUACAGGAAUAUAGUCUAGAAGAUAAAAAAUAAAAAGGGUGUGCCUGUGAAGAAUAAAAUUUAUAAGUAGAAUAAAAUUUAUAAAAUAGCUUAAAGUCCAGGUAACUUAACACUAGUCCAAGUAAGGUAAUCCAAAACAGUAGGGAAGGUUCUUUGUGGAGCAGCAGACUGAAUUGAUAGUGGUGUCACAGAAUAAAGCAUGAAAUCCAGUAGGACAUGUGAAGAAACAGAAAAGGGAACGCCAAUGGUACAUAAAUACACUGGGUAACAGAAGGUAUAUAAAUGAGAUACUACUCACAAUAUCCCGAGCUAAAAUCCAGCUCUGGUUUGGAAAGCGUGGAGUGGAAUAAUCCUCACUCAAGGAUAUACGUGGUUCUUCAAGCUUCCAAUCUUGUGUAGCAACAGAGUAGUCCAACUCAGAAAAAUAAAAGGUGAUAUAAUAUAGUGCUCACUGUAUCUUUAAGUGUCAAGGUAAAAUAUGUGUACUUACAACUUGCCAGGCAGACUCUCUGCUUGGUGUAUAGCAUAUGGGUGGUAUAAUCCCCACCUAAAGGCUUCUUUGUACUUCUUGGAAGCGGCAAAAAUGGCAAAUGUGGUAUACAGCCAAAAAAAGCCUUUAUUAGUCAAUUAAAGUUUCUAAACGUGUUUUGCCUACACAGGCUUAAAGUAGAAACUAACAUACAGUAAAAUCAUGGACCUGACAAGCGUGUAUAUUUAUGUGUAUGUAUAUAUAUUCUCCUUGAUUACAAUGAGGUUUUUGAAAUUGCUGUCAAAAAGACACCAUCAAAAUCAGAGUGAAAAGAUACACAAUCGAAAUAUAAUACACAUUGAGAUUAAAACAGAGCUGUUCUGUAUUUUUCUUGCAAAUUACAUUUGUAUUGGUCCGAGAGGGGACCCCUCUUAUAGAUGUGUAAUAUCUUGUGGUGUUAGCGCAGAUCCUUAUUUGACUUUUCAAUAGUCUCUAGGUUGGUGUGUACUCUUGAAACUGUAAGCAAAGAGUCAUUCUGGCUUCCUUUCACACCCUAGCCACUUUAAUUUCUGAUUAUGAAUGUUUCAUCUCAAUGGAAAUGUCAAAGCUGGGAUAGACCUGAGGACAGACCUUAAUUUUUUUUUUUAUAUAAAUAAAAAUUUAAUGGAUACAAAAUAACCUUAAAUGGAUUUAUUUGCAGGAUGCUGAAGAGGAGGCAGAUGAAGAAAAUGACCCAGAUUAUGAGCCCAAGGUGAGUCAAAGUAGACCGUGUGGUGGAUCUUCACUCUAAACAAAACUCGCAGCAUUUGUCUGCUAAUGUGAUAAUGCACACUUUAAAUUAAAUCCCUGCAUCUUAACUCCACUUUCCAAAUGCAUGCUAUGUUUCUAAGAUCAUGUGGAAACUCUUAGUGUACAUCUUUGACAUUUUUCCCACUAGGUUUAAAUGGUGUCUGUAGAGUUCUUGUCUUGGGUAUGUAGCUUUUGCCAUGUAGUAUAACUUAAUACACUAAUGGCCUUUGUGUUUAUGCUUCACACUGCACUAAUAGUCUGGUAAACUGCAUGUUAUGCACAACUCUCUAAAAAGUCACGUGUGUUUUUAUUAGAGACUGAAAACUUGAGAGCUUUGGAAACCUUAUUUUCUUUCCUUCAAUUUUAGAUUGCUCGGGUGAGAUUUGGAUGUAAGGCUUUCACAAGAGCAUUCUUUAUGGUUUGACUUAAGUUAGAACACUUUAUAAAAAUUUUUUUUGCCAUUUUAGAAACCAGUGUUCUUGUUCACUUAAGUGUUUGUGGUUCUUAACUCCUACUUCAGAUUUUGAGUGAAAUGUGAUUCAUUUACCACUUGUAGUAAGGCUAACUGGUCCAAUGUGGUGUGUGCAAUUAAAUGGAUUAAUUUAGUAAUUGUUUUUUGUUUUGUUUUCUUACAGAAAGAUCAAAACCCAGCUGAGUGCAAGCAACAAUGAAGCAAUGUGUAUGUGGCCUUGUUAUUACCUGCACUGUAAUAAAUUAAACUCAACUGUUAGUUACUUACAGCCUUAUGUUUUGUAUCUUCUUGGUAGAAAGUUAACAAUUUUUUGUUAAAAAAAUAAAUAAAAUUAAACAUUUAAAAACCUGUUUAAAUGGUAAGAUCAUUCAACCUAGUAUUAAGUGUACUUCCCUUCCAGGUAUCUAUAUACAAUACAGGUGUAUAUACCCUAAAGCAUGUUCUUCACUGCUUCAUAGUUUUUUUUGGUUCUUGUGAAGUCUUGCCAUGUAGCUAUUAGACUGCAGAUGUGAAGAAUUUUUGGGACUGCUAAGACAAGUACUUAGAGAAUCCUCUUCCUCAAGGAACCAAAGUUAUUUCUUUCAACCCAGUAGUUUUAAACCGGUUGUCUGCUUGUAAUAGCCGUGCCUUCGUUGAGUUUGUUCUAGGAAUGCAGUUACUACAUUUAAGAUGGGACAUUUUGAAAACUAAACUUGGCUUUGACUCUCCAACCAGACCAUGUCCACUGAUUCAUGUCUGCUUGUGUAUGCUAUGGGUUUUGUAUUAUGUGACUGCGAUCUACAAAGGAAUAUGAUGGUCAACAUAAGGUUAUUGUUUACCACUGGGGUGUGAAUAAAACCUAGUAUUUUCAGAGGUCUGUCUUUGUUUUGUGUUUUUAUUGGUUUAUGUAACUUUUCAA